UGAAAUUUCUUGCUCAAAUGAGUCAUGACAGUCCUGCGUGUGAGUCUGCCCUUUCCCCGUGUCGUGGCGGUGGUUGUCGGCUGCAAGUAAACAUUGAGAGGUAUCUGUGAAGCGUGACGAGUGAGUGGAAGACCCCAACAAACCCCCAAGAAGAAGAAUACCAGCACCAUGGCUACCUUUGAUGCUACUGGGAUGAGCGAACAGAUUCAGGCUGAGAUGCAGGUGAAACAGUUCCGGGACUUCCUGGUGCAAUACAACAAACUGAGUGAGAGCUGCUUCAAUGCUUGUGUGUGGGACUUCACCUCUCGCAGCGUCAGAGCAAAUGAGGAGAACUGUACGCAGAACUGUGUCGAGAAGUACACCAAGGUGACACAGCGCAUCUCAGAGAGAUUCCAGGAACUUCAAAUGCUUAGUAAUGAAAAUGCAGCUUCAGCAGCCCAAAAGUUGGGAAAAUUACCUACAACAUAAUAUUUGUAUUUUAUUUAUUAAAUGUAUUGUACAACAA